GCGCCUCAGCUCCUGCUGGGCCGCGUCGCCAUUUUGAGUUGUGUGGGUUUCCAGGACGUAGUGAGUGUGGCCUCGCCCCGGGACGUUCCGUAGAUCACAGGCCAGAGGCACGCGUCCGAGUGUCAGGUUGGAGCCGGGAAGCGUCCCUGGGGGUAGCGGCGGCGGGGGCAGGAUGAGCGCGGAGGCGGCGGACCGGGAGGCGGCCACCUCCAGCCGGCCCUGCACCCCGCCGCAGACCAGCUGGUUCGAGUUCCUGCUGGAGGAGUCGCUGUUGGAGAAACAUCUGCGCAAGCCCUGCCCGGAUCCUGCACCAGUUCAACUUAUUGUUCAGUUUUUGGAACAGGCUUCCAAACCUUCAGUGAAUGAGCAAAACCAGGUGCAACCUCCACCCGAUAACAAGAGAAAUCGCAUUUUAAAACUGCUUGCUCUUAAAGUUGCUGCACAUUUGAAGUGGGAUUUAGACAUAUUAGAGAAAAGUUUGUCUGUUCCGGUAUUGAAUAUGCUACUAAAUGAAUUGCUGUGCAUCAGUAAAGUUCCUCCUGGGACAAAGCAUGUGGACAUGGAUCUGGCCACUUUACCUCCAACCACGGCCAUGGCUAUCCUUCUCUACAACAGAUGGGCAAUUAGGACAAUUGUUCAAAGUAGUUUUCCUGUCAAACAGGCAAAACCUGGACCUCCUCAGUUAAGUGUUAUGAAUCAGAUGCAACAGGAGAAAGAGCUAACAGAAAAUAUUUUGAAAGUACUAAAAGAGCAAGCUUCUGAUUCUAUUUUGGUGCUAGAGGCAGCCCUUAAAUUAAACAAGGAUCUUUAUGUCCAUACGAUGAGAACACUAGAUUUAUUGGCAGUGGAGCCAGGUAUGGUAAAUGGAGAAACGGAGAGUUCUACCGCUGGAUUGAAAAUCAGAACCGAGGAAAUGCAGUGCCAGGUGUGUUAUGAUUUGGGUGCAGCAUACUUCCAGCAGGGCUCUACGAAUUCAGCUGUCUAUGAAAAUGCCAGAGAGAAGUUUUUUAGAACCAAAGAACUAAUUGCAGAGAUAGGUUCAUUAUCUCUUCAUUGUACCAUAGAUGAGAAGCGGUUAGCGGGCUAUUGUCAAGCAUGUGAUGUUCUUGUACCUUCUUCUGAUAGUACAUCUCAACAAUUGACUCCAUAUAGUCAAGUCCAUAUUUGUUUGAGAUCUGGCAACUAUCAGGAUGUAGUAAAGAUUUUCAUUGAAGAUAACUUAACCUUCAGUUUACCUAUCCAGUUCCGGCAGUCAGUACUAAGGGAACUCUUCCAGAAAGCUCAACAGGGAAAUGAAGCUCUAGAUGAAAUCUGUUUUAAAGUCUGUGCCGGUAACACAGUCCGUGAUAUAUUGGAAGGUAGAGCGAUUAGUGUUCAAUUUAACCAGCUAUUUCUUAGACCUAAUAAAGAGAAAAUAGACUUUCUUCUUGAGGUAUGUUCAAGAUCAAUAAAUUUAGAAAAAGCUUCCGAUUCUUUGAAAGGAAACAUGGCUGCUUUUCUAAAGAAUGUGUGUCUGGGGUUGGAAGAUCUGCAGUAUGUUUUCAUGAUUUCUUCACAUGAGCUUUUCAUUACAUUGUUGAAAGAUGAAGAACGAAAGCUACUUGUUGAUCAGAUGAGGAAGCGAUCCCCUAGAGUAAAUCUGUGCAUUAAACCUGUAACUUCAUUUUAUGAUAUCCCAGCUUCAGCAAGUGUCAACAUUGGUCAGUUGGAGCAUCAGUUGAUACUGUCAGUGGAUCCCUGGAGGAUUCGACAGAUUUUAAUUGAAUUACAUGGUAUGACUUCAGAGCGCCAGUUCUGGACAGUGUCUAACAAGUGGGAAGUGCCUUCCGUGUAUAGUGGGGUUAUCCUGGGAAUUAAAGACAAUUUAACAAGAGAUUUGGUUUACAUUCUCAUGGCCAAAGGUUUACACUGCAGUACUGUUAAGGACUUUUCCCAUGCCAAACAGCUGUUUGCUGCUUGUUUGGAGUUGGUAACAGAGUUCUCACCGAAACUUCGUCAGGUCAUGCUGAAUGAGAUGCUGCUUUUGGAUAUUCAUACACAUGAAGCUGGAACCGGGCAGUCAGGAGAGAGGCCUCCUUCUGAUCUUAUUAGUAGGGUGCGGGGAUAUCUGGAAAUGAGGCUUCCUGAUAUUCCUCUUCGUCAGGUGAUUGCUGAGGAGUGUGUUGCUUUUAUGUUAAACUGGAGGGAAAAUGAAUACCUUACACUGCAAGUUCCCGCGUUUCUGCUUCAGAAUAAUCCAUAUGUAAAGCUUGGACAGCUUUUAGCAGCUACAUGCAAAGAACUUCCUGGCCCGAAAGAAAGUAGACGGACUGCUAAAGACCUUUGGGAAGUUGUUGUUCAGAUCUGUAGUGUGUCCAGUCAACACAAACGUGGAAAUGAUGGCAGAGUUAGUUUAAUAAAGCAAAGGGAAUCUACAUUAGGUAUAAUGUAUCGGAGCGAACUACUUUCUUUUAUCAAAAAAUUACGGGAGCCAUUGGUUUUGACUAUUAUUUUGUCACUCUUUGUGAAACUUCACAAUGUUCGGGAGGACAUUGUCAAUGAUAUUACAGCUGAGCACAUUUCUAUUUGGCCAUCUUCCAUCCCCAACCUCCAGUCGGUGGACUUUGAAGCCGUGGCGAUCACAGUGAAAGAGCUAGUUCGGUACGCCCUCAGUAUAAACCCCAACACCCAUUCCUGGCUAAUUAUUCAGGCAGACAUUUAUUUUGCAACAAAUCAGUAUUCAGCAGCUCUCCACUAUUACCUGCAGGCAGGAGCUGUGUGUUCUGAUUUCUUCAAUAAGGCUGUGCCCCCUGAUGUAUAUACAGACCAGGUAAUAAAACGAAUGAUAAAAUGCUGUUCCUUGCUGAAUUGCCACACACAGGUGGCAAUUUUAUGUCAGUUCCUCAGAGAAAUUGACUACAAGACAGCCUUUAAAUCAUUGCAGGAACAAAACAGUCAUGAUGCUAUGGACUCCUACUAUGACUACAUAUGGGAUGUUACCAUUUUGGAAUAUUUGACUUAAAAUAAUAUAUUCUCAAUAGAAACAAAGACACAGAAAAUGAAGAAUCUACAGGUUAUGUAAAUUCCACUCUGUCUAUAUACCAUUGUCAGUAUUUUGAUACAUUAACCUCUUUGAACUGAUCCUAAUGCUGAGUGAAACCUGUUUUCACUAUUUACAUUGUGGUCUUUCAGAUUCAGUAGUAACUACUAACUUAGUAAAUAGCAAAAUAGACAAUAAAUUUAUUACCUUUAAUAUAAUAA